AUAGAAUUUUAUUGUAUUUUAGGUAUACCAAUUGCUCAGCAACAUUUAAUAUGGCAGACUCAAGAGUUAGAAGAUGAAUUUUGCUUGCAGGAUUAUAGUAUAACAGAUGGUGCAACGCUGAAACUUGUUCUUGGAAUGAGAGGUGGCCCAAUCAAUACUAGAAGAGUGUCGGUAGAGAGCAGACAAAUUCAAGAUAUUUCUGAUUAUGUUGAAGGAAAUAGUGAUGAAAUCUCAGAAAGAUUAUCAAGUGGCCAACCAUUAACUGUCUUAGUGUUUCAUGAUGGUGACAAAGUACACAUGUACACUGUCAUUGACAGAACUGACAGCAAUAUUUCUCGUCUUUCUGGAUCAGUGAGUGAGACAUCCAUCAAAAACUUAACUGAUGAGGAGGUGGAUGAAGAGACUCUAGAAAGACGUAAAGAAAAUGAAAUAACCAGACAAAAAAUGGCCUUAUUACAGCAACAAAUGCAAUCUCUUUCCAUUAAAAAAACAUCUAGAAGAAAGGCGCAAGUUACUCCUGUAAUAAAAAGUAAAUCACCAACAUCCGAAAAAAUUCCAGAAAAUGUCAGUUUGGAUAAGCAUUUACGACUGCCUCCUCUAAAUCCUGAAAAUAAAACAGUAACUGUAAAUAUGUCCAACAGAAUUAAAAGUGAAUCAGAGAACUCCCAAGACAAAGAGAUUGUUGGUGAAUCUUGCAGACUGUUACCACUAGUUGGAGUAAAUAACUUGAAUUCUUCCAUUCGUAGUCAUAAAAGUUCCCAUAAAUUAGGCAGUGGUUUAUCUAGCCGUAUGGAAAAUAAGAGUUGUUCUUCCAGUUCAAAAGAAACUAAAAGUAAUUCUUCUUAUAUGCUCAACCCUAAUGACUCAGCUUCAUCUAAUUCUAAUACAAUGCAAGGCUUGAAACAAACCAUUAGCACUGAAUCUCUUCCUUAUCUUCCUCCAGCACCACAAUCUAAUGUUCAGUCUUUCAGAAAAUCAAAGAGAAACUUACUUAACUUCCAGCCUCAUAAUUCCACUAAAUUAUUGACAUUAAGGCCAUCUUAUAAAACCAUCAAAUGUUCGGUAACUGGUACACCUUCGAUGGCCAGUCGUCGAUUAUUGGAACUUGAUCAGUGGUUAAAUAGCAGGCCAAAAACUACACCAUCAAAAGAAGAUCAAAAUUAUAAUAUCAAAUGGGAUGUCAGAAUGACUUCACCUCUAAAAUUUGGAUCCAAAGAGAGAAAUUUACAAAAUUCUCAUCGUGUAGGAUUAGGUGCAUUAGUUGCUGCUGGAUUACGAGUAAUCAAAUCUCCAGAAGAGAAUGAAGCAUGCCAAUCUAAAUCUAAAGUGACAAAUAAACCGGAUAGCAGAGAGGGUGGUAGACCACGCUCGGGUCAGAAGCUCCCACCCUUGAAGGCAAAAAAGAAGUCGUGCAAAAGAUGUGCCUGGUGCAACAAGAAGACAGGACUGGCAACCAGCUACGUUUGCAGGUGCGGAAAGAAUUUCUGUGCCAGGCACAGAUAUGCCGAAGUGCACCACUGUUCUUACGACUAUAAGACGGAGGGGCGGCGGUUCCUGCAGCAGUCGAAUCCGGUGGUCACUGCUCCAAAAUUGCCUAAAAUUUGAAUAUUAAAACCAUGACUUUUUAUACCAUUUAUUAUUAGAAAGGCAAAUCAGAUUUUUUUAUACACAUGUACAUAAGGAAAUAUUUUCUUCUUAACUUUCCAGAAAUGGCAUCUUCCUUUUUGUACAGUGCCUUAAUGCGCUUUAUGCAUCAGGGAAAAUUUAAUCAUACAGAAACUAUGUGCAAUUCAUCUUUGCACAUGUCUAAAUUUCAAAAUUUGUAAAAUAAACUCAUUUUUACUAAA